CAAAGAGAGAACCUUCAGUAAUACCUGCUUUUUACUUUUGAACUAAAGGAGAGUACAACAGGUCUGAGGUGCCACAGCUGUAAUUCAUAAUGGAUUACUCAUUAGAGGUCGCCAAACAGAAAGAGAUUCUCCUGAGAAGCAUUUAUAACCUUCAUGCAAAAUCUGAAGACAUGCUUCAGAAAACACGUCCACUUCUGCGAUUUCAACGAGGCAUAGGCAUGGUUACAAAACAACAUGUUCACCAGUUGACUCAGACCAUAGCUGAUAUGUGCCACAGCCUGGACAACAUUGAGAACCUUCUCUUCUUUCGACAGAAUAAUCUUGUCCAAACCAUCCAGAACUUUGGUGAGUGCCAGUCUGAAGGGAUCACUGGUAUUCACUGCUCACCUUCUGGCACUAUUUACACGACAAGCAGUUCUUCACCUUGGGUUAGAAUCCUGAAUUCUUCAGGACAGAUACACAGUUCUUUACUAUGCACUGAAUGGGGAAAAGCUAAGCAGUACUUUUUUCCAGAAGAUGUCACCUUGACUGGAGCAGGCCUGGUAGCAGUCACAGACCUUGUGAAUGGGGUUGUACGUAUUUUCAACCCAUAUGCUAAAUUUUCAAUGGGAGAGUGGCUCAACAUUGGAAAGAUGGUCUCACCAAGGGGGAUUGGUGUAAAUCCUUUUGGACAGUUAUUAGUUGCAGACUAUGUACCAGGAAAAAUCCAUGUUUUUGCAGUGAAUCGUGCCUUGAAACUUUUGCAUUCCCAUGCCAUUUCAGGAUUGUCAGGUCCCCGAUAUGUCUGCACAGAUCCUGAUGGAAAUAUAAUUGUAAGUGAAGAAUACACAGAUGUAAAAGUAUUUGGGAAGGACAAUAACAUGAUAUAUUCUCUAACUACAAAAUAUAGGCAUCAUUUUGGAAACCCAGCUGGGGUAUGUGCUGACUUGCAUGGAAAUAUCCUUGUGGCUGAUGAACAAAACAAACAGGUGUUCCUCUUUCCAAAACAAGGGUCUCCUGUGUGUUUAGUGUCAAAGGGACUUCAGAAACCCACUGGGGUGGCAUGCUCCCCCUAUGGCCUGCUCCUGGUAGUAGAUGCUGGUGAAUGCUGUAUUAAGGUCUAUAAAUACAAGGUCAUGCCUUACUACCAUCAUUUGAAAGGGACUUCCAUGACUGGUGUCAGCAAAAAUGGUAACUGAAAGUAGUCUUCUAAAUGUUUUCAUUCCAAAGACAAGGUUGUUAUGUUAUUUAUCCUGCAUUUGUUUAUUGUUUUUAAACCAAAAAUCUUUUGAAAAUAAUGAUAAGAACAUUCACAAAGAUCAAGGACAAACCUGUGUAGUAGACAUGCAAGUUCAAAGAAAGAGGAGAGGAGCAGUAAAACAAUCCACAGAAUUACAAGAUAAUAGAACACAGACGCAGCAUACUCCUUCCCAUAAAAGGAAUGACAACAUAAGCACAUCAUCAUCAUCAUCUUCGUCUUAAUGUCCGCAGAAAAUUAUAGUAGCACUAGUCUGGUAAAAGAUCCAUGCAAUAAUCAUUUCAGUGUUUCUUAAAUUACAGAAAAAGCAAAACAGUGGUAACUAUGCUUCUCAAACAUGGAUAGGACAAUAUUCUGGAAAUAAUUUCCAUUCCUACUGUACUAUAGUGAUACUACCCAGAAUUAUUUGUGAUACUGUGACUGUAAAGUAACAGAGAACAGUGACACUCUCUGCUGAUGAUCACCAACUGGCAUUGAUUACAGAUUUAAUAGAUGUUUAACAGCAUUGGUGGCUCUAUAAUGUAAGAUCAAAAGUUGAAAUAAAACUGAUUUUGUUAACUUUAUUUAUGCUCUGACUUAGGAAUGGGGUCAAUUCCUGACAUGGUAUUAAACAUGUAAAUACUUGGGAGAAGUUAAAUAUAGGAGACCAAGUAGAACAGUUAUAUUUAAUCAAAGUCAUUUUAUCUUUGGGUUUCACAGUACCAAGAAAAAUGCAAUUAAAAUGUAUUGCUAUAAUUGGUUACUUGGACUUUUAUAUCUUCUAUAUGAUUAGUGUUCAACCACUUUUAUACCCAGAACUUUUGUAUUACUUCAGGUAGUUAACAGCAGUGAUGCACAUCUCUUCGGCCACUGGCAGGUAAAUUACAUCAAAAGUGUCACAUAUUACACAUUUUUGGACAUGCACAUUAAAGAAAUCAGUU